UCAAAUGCGUUAAUUUUUCCCCUUCCACCAUCUUACCGAUAGAAAAUCCCUAACAACCUCCCCUUCCACUGUGUUUCCAAUCUGAAAUCCCAUGAAACUCCUCUUCCACCGUUCCACCAUUAUAAUUCUCUGCAUCUCUUCAAUUCAAAGCGACACGAUCAUGUCGAUGCGGUGAAAACGCUAGAUUCGGAGGAAACAAAGCGAUCUACAACUCUGAUUGUUAAUGGAAGCAAGCGACGGCGGCUACGGUUUACACUGAUGUUUGAAGUUUGUAAUGCAACCAUAAGAGAAUGGAAGUCUGUGGCAGUUGUUCAGAUGCUGGAAAAGCAAAUGGGUCCUGAAUCGUUCCGUAGAAUUUUGCAAACUAUAGUUACUCGGGUUCAAGAUAAAGUACGCUCAGUGAAAACACUUAGUACUAAGGAGUUUCAACAUUUUGCUAAUAAGGGAGAACUUGUUUCUGAUGACUUGGUUGUUGGCAUUAUUGAAGAAGCAAUUAAGAAACCAUCAUGUCAGAGAGCUUUCAUUCUUGAUGGUUUUCCAAGAACUGUGGUCCAAGCACAUAAGGUUAUUGAUUACUACUUAAAGAAGGGCAUUGUUGCUAGUCUCCAUGCUGAAAAGCCUCCCAAAGAGGUGACUGUUGAGGUCGAAAAAGUGCUCUCUCAAUAGAGUUGGACCCUCGGGAUCGAACUGUUGUUGAUUUUUUAGGAACUUAGUCUCCAAAUUAUUUAGGAUCUUGCUCAGAUGUCUUCUGGCUUGCUGCACUGGUCCAAUCAAUUGGCGAGUUUGAGUUUGGGCAACAGAUUUCCUGAUCACAGCUCCUAAGUAUCUAUCUAAUAUUUGAUCCAAACAACAACUAUUGAAUUUAAAGUGUUGCGACUUGGAGAGUAUUCUUCUAUUUUCAUCACUCCUCAAGCGCAUUUUAGCGGCAGCUGGUUGUUGGAUUGAAAAGUAUAAACACGGUUUAUUACAUGGCACCUUAUGCAACCAUGAUCUUGGUGCUUCCUGCCACAUUACUUGAAGGCAAUGGAGUUCUGGAAUGGCUUAAUACCCAUCCAUAUCCUUGGUUGGCCCUCAUCAUUAUUUUCAGUUCUGGGGUGUUGGCUUUCUGUCUUAACUUCUCCAUUUUUUACGUGAUCCACUCCACCACACUGCUGUAACAUUUAACGUUGCUGGGAAUCUUAAGGUUGCUGUUGCUGUCCUUGUUUCUUGGCUGAUAUUUAGGAACCCAAUUUCAUAUUUUAAUGCCGUUGGGUGUGCCGUGACUCUUGUGGGUUGUACAUUCUAUGGUUAUGUCAGGCACUUGCUCUCCCAACAGCCACCCGUUCCAGGAACUCCUCGGACACCAAGGACCCCUCGGAGUAAGAUGGAGUUGCUUCCACUUGUAAAUGAUAAAUUAGAAAACAAGUUCUAAUAGUAAUUGGUUUAGCUACAUAUAUGAGGUUUCUUCUGUCAUUUGGAAGACAGAUAUAGCAAUAGGUCUAAAAAUAUGAAAGUGACUUUGGUUAUUUAUUAUUGUGUUAGAAUACCCCAAAAAUAUUUAAUACAAGAGUCUUUCUUGUUUCUUUA